GUCUAAAUUUUGAAGUUGAACAAUUAAAAUCGUCUGAAUUAUUUCAUUUAAAUGUAGUGAAAUGUGGUCAUUUAAAUUACGUUGUUAUUUAGUUUUAUAUUGAUGACGAUGUAAAAGUGAAAGUGUUUAGUUUUUAUUAAGUUCUUUCGGCUUAUCAAAAUAAAAGAAAAGCUUUAAAAAUGGAAAUUAAAAAAACAUGUGGUGAAAAAUCAUAGGUUGCUGUGACGAAAACUUCAUUAACUAGACCGAUUUUAAGCACUAAUUCCUUCGAAUUGGAUUACUUUGGAGAUUGAAAGCUCCAAGUGAAAAAUAGGUUACUGCGAUGACAAUGCAUAAAUUCAAUUCCUUUCCUACAAUUGAAACCAUGUGCUGGUGUGACAUCCCAUCAUCUUCUGUGAUUGUUCAAUAGGAGUUUGAAGCUUUUUAAUGAAGCUGAAUUCAAUUUUCCACAGGUGAUGCUCCAACUUUAAUUCUGAUGUUGGCUUUGGAUAUCUACUUACUGUACGGAAAAUUAAAAUUAGCAUAGUCUUUGAACGUAAAAAGUCAAAACCUUUAAGUUUUAAUGGAAUUAUUUUUGUACAUAAAAUUUAUAGUUUCUGAAUAAAGCGAGAGUUUAAGUUGGCAAAAUAAAUAUAAUUUGAGAG